AUGACUGACGAUGACUUCUUCGCCCGUUGGCGUAUUCCUGACACGCAGGACCAUGCAGAUCAAGUACUCCAUGACCAGCUCCUUGCUGCUCAGCUUCAAGCCGGCCAUGCCACCGCUCCUCCUCCUCCGCGUCCCCAGCCGGGAAUGGCUCAUGUCCAGCCGAUAAGAGACCACUCGAACAUCGACCCCGCCAUCUCAGGCGCGCCUCCCACUGCUGGAAUGAUCCCCGCUCCCCCACCGCAAGCCCAGCAGCCACAAGUUCAAACCCCAGAUCAAACUAUGCAAGACGCGCCGGGCUCGGAACCUCGCAAGACCUAUGGCAAGCGUGAGCUAUCCACCUCGAAGCGCGCCGCUCAGAACCGUGCUGCUCAGCGCGCCUUCCGUCAACGCAAAGAGGGGUAUAUCCGGAAGCUCGAGGAACAAGUCAAAGAAUACGAGAUCAUGUCCGAGAACUACAAGGCUCUCCAGGCAGAGAACUACCAGCUCCGCGAAUACAUCAUCGGCCUGCAGUCUCGCCUGAUCGACUCGCAGAAUGACGUCCCGGAACUGCCUCCCAACAUUGACUUGACUCAACCUCGUCCCGACACCACAGCUAUGCAAGCAGCAGGUACUGUCGGCGGCCCAGGCCCUGCCGCUCAGCUCGCCGCCGCUUCUGGGCAGCCUGAGCAGAUGAACGCUCUGAACCGCAUCGCUGUUGCUGGCUUGGGAAUGCGCAAGCACCAACAUGAAGAAGCCGCUUUUCUGGGCAGCAACAACUUCCCCACCAAACGCGUCCGUGGCGACAUGGUCGUUGAUGAUCAAGGUGCUGUCCCUACCGACCCUACGCAAGUCAGCAAGAUGGAAGGCGCUCAACCACCGAAUAUUCCAACUUGA